AUGCUUGGUGUAUUUUUUCCAGAAACUAUUUUGGGAUACUCAAUCUAUCCUCCUUUGAUGGAGAGUAUUUUGAUUACAACAGGAAUCAAUCUGAUGGUUUUCAACGAGUUUCAGAGCAUUUACACCGCUGUAAAUCGGCUUUUCGCCAUAUUUUUUCCUAUCAAAUGCAACUUAUUUUUUGGAAUCAAAGCUACUCUAACCUUUCACAUUCUUUAUUAUUUGGAUCGAAUUCGAAACUUGACCAUGGAACAUUUUGAUAGAUACAGAGAAUCCAAUUUUAUGACUUUCUCUCCAAAGUAUCUUGCUCAUAUUGGUAGCAUCGUUUCACCAGAUGGAAUGUUUUACUGGGGUUUGGCUCUUCUGAUUUUCCCAUUUCUAAUUAAUGUCGUUACAUUUAUUCGGUUUUAUUAUAUGAAAAAGAGGACUAGUCGUGAAUCGGAGCACUGGAAAAAAGCCAAGAAGAAUAUGAUAUUGUUUCUGCAAACUGUGUUUCAAGACGCUUUGUUUUCGUUGAAUGUAUUUUUUGCAUUGAAGUGGCAGUAG